AUGUUUAGCCUCAGAAAGUUGACGCGACUCGCGUCGGGAUUUGUUAAGCACUCUCUACCCACUAAGGGAAAGACUUUUGGUGCACCGUUCACGGUGAUCAAUCGUCAUGCUCAUGAGUUGACAGAAAUAGAAAAAGACGAAUUGGAAGAUGAGGAAUACGAUGAGCUGUCCUCACGAUUUCUGGGAAUAUGUCCUGGUGGACAUGGAGCACUCGUCUUGCAGCCGUACAUAAAAUGGGGAUCAGAAAAACGGAGAAAUACGACGCCAGAGUUGCAGCUUGAAGAGGCUGUGACGCUUCUUAAAACACUGCAAAACUGGAGAGUAGUUGAUAAAAUGUGCGUUUCGCUGAUGCACUUGAAGAAAAAGGAACUACUUGGGAAGGGAAACCUUCAGACUUUGAAGACUAAAGUGAGAAGUAACUCGGAAAUUACCGCAGUAUUCAUCAGUACAAAUUUGCUCCAGCAAGUGCAAAUACAAGAGCUGAGAAAUAUCCUCGGCGUUCCAGUUUACGAUCGAUAUUCGAUCGUUGUACAGAUAUUCAGGGCUCAUGCCAAAAGUCAAGAGGCAAAACUGCAGGUUGCGAUAGCAGAGAUUCCCUACAUGUGGAUGAAGUUGAAUGUCAUGAAGGAAACCCGGGAAGAACAAGUGGGCACGUUUGAAUCACAUCGAAAGCUUCUUCAGGCCCGUGAAACUAAGCUGAAAAAUGCCCUUCUGAAACUUAAGGCACAGAGGCAUUUACUAAGGAGUAAACGACUGCAAAAUAGAGUUCCCACUAUCGCUGUUGUCGGCUACACAAACGCAGGGAAAACUUCUUUGAUCAAAGCUCUCACUGGAGACUUAAGUCUGCACCCUAGGAAUUACCUAUUUGCUACUCUUGAUGUCACCAUUCAUCAAGGCAUUCUACCCUCAAGACUGAAAGUAUUGUUCGUUGAUACUAUUGGCUUUAUUCAAGAUGUGCCUGCCACUCUUAUUGAGCCUUUUGUAGCAACUUUAGAAGACGCCAUGAACGCUGACAUUAUCUUGAAUGUGCAUGAUGCAAGUCAUCCGGAUAGGCAGGCCCAGAUGGAGCACAUGGAAGCAACGUUAAAAGGCUUGAUUAAAGAUCAGGUGGUAAUAAAUGUUGCAAAUAAAAUUGACCGGGUAUCAGAAGACGCGCCUCGACUGAAUAUGCUUGGUGUAUCGGCAACCAAGCUCAUAGGUAUAGACGGUUUACGGGACGAACUCGAUAAGACUAUACUAGGGGCAACAGGACGUUCCGUAGUCCGCGUUAGAGUGGAAUCUGGAAGCAGAGCAUCUGCUUGGCUCUACAAAGAAACUACAGUGACAAAUGUAGAAGCUGAUCCAGAAAACGCCCAGUACUUGUUCAUGGAUGUGAUCACUACAGAGUUACAGCUAAAAAUGUUUCGAGUAUUUUUAAGAAAAUACGAAUAAAG